AUGGACGCCUCCUCCCUCCGCAUCUCCAAGUUCGAUGGAACUAACUUCCACGCCUGGAAGUUCAAGAUGCAGAUGGUGCUGGAGGAACGGGACCUAUGGGAGGUCGUCAGCGGUGAGAUCAAGGCGGAACAGUGCGAGACUCAGUUGGACCAAGCGACGUACAAGAGGAAGUCAAGAAAGGCGAUGGCAGUGAUAUGUCUAGCCAUGGAAGAUUCCCAGCUACCGUUGGUCCGGUCGGCAAGUGGUGCAUGCGACGCAUGGUCAAGGUUGGAAGACCACUUCGAGAAGAAGAGUCUUGCCAACAAGCUGUUCUUGCGCCGUCGCUUCUUCACGACAAUGAUGGAAGAAGGCGACGAUGUGCUCGAACACAUCAACAAGCUCAAGACGCUGGCGGAACAGCUAGAAGCGGUGGGGGCUCCAGUCUGCGAGGACGAUCUGGUGAUCACACUCCUCGGCAGCCUGAGUGACUCGUAUCAAUUCUUGAUCACAGCUUUGGAGUCGCGCUCAGACACUCUUAGCUGGGAGCUCGUGACGUCUCUCGACUGCUUCAUGAAGAAAUGA